AUGGGCAAGUCGUCUUCUUCUCAUCGAAAGAAACGCGCCAAGAUUUCUUCUCAGGCAGGAACAAGGAAGAGCAGUAAGAGUAAGCCUAAAAGUAGGAAAUAUAGAUCCAAGAAGCUUCGCCGCCGUGAUGAUUCUCCUUCUCAUUCUGAUGACGGUGAUUCGAGAAGUUUAGAAUCUGUUUCGUCUUUUAGUUCUGAUGAUGAUUCUAGAAGUAGAAGGGCUCGGUCUCGCACUAGGAGGGAUCUGAAAGGUAGCAAGAAAAGGGCUCGCAGACGCUCCCAUAGCCAUGACAGUAGCAAGGAUUCUCCCCGUGGAAAGAAGAGGAAAUCGGCAAAGAAGAAGAAUGAUUAUGAGGCGAGGAAGAAAUCCCGUUCGAGGAAGAAGCCUAGGAGAAAUGCUAGCAUUAGUUCCAGGAGUAGUGCUUCUUUUAGUUGCUCAACUUGUCCUAGUGGUGAUGAGAUUGAAUCUAAAAGGCACAGGGGCAGACCUGGCAAACGAAACAGAGAUGAAAGUGAUAUUAACAAGGUUGAAAGUGGGACUAAGAGGGCUAGAUAUAGGUCAAGGAGCUGUUCUUCUCGCAGUCAAUGUAGCGAGCAUGGUGGUGAUAGUCAGAGUGAGGAAAAAGUGACAUUUGAAAACAAUUUGAGGAGGUUGAGAUCAGUUAUUACUGUCACAGAAGAAGACAAGCAUGGCAGAUGGAUGGAUAAGGAUGGGCACAAAGAAGAGAUGGCAUAUGAUGAUGAUUACCCUUCUUGUAGAAGUAAUGACAGUAAUGAUGGAGGGUGCAAGAGGGAGUUGGAUAAUCAUUUACAUGUUGUUGAGAAGAGAAUAGGAGUGGAGAGUGGGAAAGAGGAAAAAGCUCUUAUUUCUAAUGUUCCAAUCGAAGAUCUCACAGAUAGUGGUAACAUUUCGGAAACGGAUUGUGGUGGCCAAGAUGAUGGAAUUAACUCUAGCCGUGAUGGAAUAGGAAUUGCUGGUCCUGUUAAUGAAAAUACGAAAGAGGUUUCUGGGGCAAUUAGUAGUCUGCCAGGUGAAGAUCUGGAGUCAAUUUUAAGACAAAGGGCUUUGGAAAAUCUAAAAAGGUUCAAAGGAAGCCAUCAAAGAAUUCCAGCAGUAACUACUAGUGAGGAAAACAAGAGCAAUAGUGAUUUGAAACAGCCAUCCACUGUAAAGGCUGAUUUUGUUCAAAUAGAAUCCCCAAAGGAGAGUGGUGCUAGGGCGGUUGUUGCAAAGUCCUCCAAGGAGGGUGCUUCUGAAAUGGUUGUUCCAAAGUCCUCCAAGGAGGAUGUUGCUGAAAUGGUUGAUGCAACCCAAUUACUAGAAAAAGCCAAUGGGCCUCCGGUGAGAGAUUCCAUUGUUUCUUCCAAAAAUCUUAAAAAGGAAUUGGAUAGGACUAGUGGUAGCAAUGAAUUGCAAGAUGUUGCUUGCCCAACAUAUCAGGUGGCUCUUGGAAAUUCCGAUAAAAAGGUUGACACAACUGCAGUGCUUAAUAAACCGAACUUGGCUUCACCAAAAUUGAGGUGCCACUUAGCUAAAGCUCAUUCCACGCGGAAACAAGCAGCUGGUUCGCAGGAACCUCCUCAUGAAAGAUUAUUGGUGAUUGAGAAUAGUGUAGAUAAGAGUACUUCUGAGACUGCCCAAACUGUGCCCCAAACCCAAAGUACCUAUAGUAAUGGUGAUGAUAUCAAUGACAAUCGGGGUUGUACUGCUCCUGAACCUUCAGGAGAGAAUAGGUCUGAUAAACAGCAAGGUGAGGGUAAAGAUGGCUCACAGUUUGAGCAGAAAACCAUGUCUGUCAUGCGAGGCAGUGAAAUGGUACAGGUGAGUUACAAGGUUUACAUCCCUAAGAAAGCUCCUGGUCUGGCGAGGAGGCAACUCAGGCGGCAUUCUCAUCCUCAUGAACAAUAG